AUGGCGCCUGCAGGCGUCACCGCGCCGGUGCCGGACAAGCUGACAUGGAUUUCUCCCGAUCCACGACCACCACCACCACCCCAGGCAUUUCGACAUGCAUCACCCCAACAUCCGCCCACCAGCGUGUGCCACCAUGAUUACCAGGCAACCCUCGCCGCCUCACUGGAGCUGCCAACACGAGACCUGGAGAUGGAAAGGGAACAAUGGCCACAGGAGCGAUCACAACGCCACCGGAGGGAGGGAACAACCUCCACCGCCCCAGCGGGGCCGACCGGACGCGGCGACAAGGACUUGCCGGGCACCGAAUGCCGACCGGGUCCACUUGUACCCAGACAGUCCUGUCACCACGCUGCAGCGCGCCGAUCGACGAAGCCCUCACCGCCCGAGACCACCGCCACCACGCCACCACCAGGGAACGACGCCGCUGAACGCCAAGCCACCGGCCCGCCCAACCCGGAUGGCCCAAUGGCCCAGAUCUGGGCAGGGCGGGCGCCGCCAAGACCAGCGGCACCGCACAGCCCCACGGCCAACGGCCGCACCGCCGUGUCAAGAACCACCGCGGCCCGCGGCAUCACCGCCGACGGGCAGCACCGAAGCCGGCCAUCAACUCCCAAGCAGGGGACGGCCGCGUGCGGGGAAGGGCAUGCCCACUGCCGCCAGCACCACGCGGCCGAGGACCGGCGGCGCACGCUGACGGCGGCGGGAGGAGGGAGGGACGCGGGGGAUAGCUGGAGGGGCGCUGUGGAAGGGCCCCCGGCCGCCUCGCUCGGGGAGGCGGCACGGGGGUACGGGGAAUGGAGGGGGGAGGAGAAGGGGAAUGGGAGGGGCAGGGGGAAGGGGCUGGCGGGCUCCGGCAGCCGCCGCCGCGCCUGCGCGCGUGGGAGCCGACGGCGGCGGCGGCGGGGGAACCCUAGGAGCGGGGGAGCGGGGGAGCGUUUGCCCUCGACGACGCGCGCGGACCUCCUCGACGUCGCCAGGCUGCCCGACGCCGUCGCCCCCGCCCCGGAGCCCACGCCGACGCCGUCCAUCGCCCACGACGUCGCCGUCCGACGCCCACGUCCUCGCCGUCGCCCGUGCCCCGGCCGACGCCGUUCGCCGCCCCCACCGACGCCGUCGUCGACGCCCUCGCUGCCCCCGCCGUCGCCCUCACCGGCCGGCCCCGCUUACAAGGCCCGGGCAACGGAGGUCAUCCACCAUUGGUCUAGUGACUACAACGGCGACGAUGGAGGCAACAGCAGGCCAAGGCGGUGCGAGCAACGACGGCAUGGAGGUGGUGCCAUAGAAGGCGCGUCAUUUACUGAAUUGGACAUGGAGGUGUUGGAGAACGAGAGCGAUAGUGAGUAA